GCGUGCUGAAAGUUCAGAAAUCAUAUUGACGACCCAUAUGCAGAUCUCACCGUGUAUUGGGAAGAUCUUCCGUAUUUAUCAUGGGAGAUCUUCCCAUUAUUUCCAAAUACACGGGUGGGAGGUGCUGUGUGGCGCCGAUCUAAACUCGAAUGUUCAGCAAAGUUCAGCACCGUUACACGUGCUUUUACUUGGUACCGGCUUGCAGAUUUUGUUCUAACAACUAUAUCUAUCUCAUCGACGUUCUCCCGAAGUCUUCCCGGACAUGGAGGGGGAGGGCCGGGGCGAGAUCUCCCGAUGUUUGAAAGACUGGGAACAAUUCCAACACUUACCUCCUCAUUCUUCUUCUUUUCCGAACGAACCCCAGGUUCUCUCAGUCUCAGAAGCCAGAACUGAAGCUCAGGCCUAUUCGGCAGGAUGGGAAAUGGUGGUGCUUCGACAAGCUUCAUACGACGACGAUUGCAUCAUCUUCCCUCCAAGCAAACACGAAGGGCUGCAUGUCUCCAUACUGAAUUAUCAACACCAAGAAGAAGUAAAAUCCGAACCAAAUCCUUCCUUAUCACGGCUUGAUGUUGAUAUAGGGGAUCCACAAUCUCAGCGUCAGCCGUUCGAUUCUCGGCUGCGAACUGCAGAGUACAUUGUGAAACGUUUAAGAUUCAUGUUUGAGAUCUUACAGUCCAAAAUUUUCCGCAUUAUUUUCCUCGUUCGUACUUCUUGUACUGCCAGAAGACGGAGAGCUUGGCCUUUCGCCUCCUCGAUUGCAGUUGCAGCAACUCUGUUCUUGUCGCUAUUGUACUGGUGGGUGCCCCAUCGAAAUCGAAGGCUACGGCGGGAUAAGUUGGACCAUCUGAUUCUUCUUAUAAAAAAUCAGGAUGAGAUUAGCCAGCUUUUGUAUCAAAUUGCCCAAAUAAAUGAAGCAUUAUCAGCUCAUCAUAAGGUUCCUCUGCACAGGAUUGGAUGAUUGAUUCUAUGGUGUACUCCAUCUGAAUGGCAUUUUAAUCAUUUACUCUACUAGAGUCUGUUGUUCACUUUCAAAAUCAGCUUAUUUUUUGACAGUUUAAUGUAAUUAAAUAUGCUUUCAAUGACGUGUUCGUUCAGUAAUACAUAGUUAUUAGCUACCUACUUAAAUGGAUACAUAGAGUUGCAAUGCACCUUA